AUAUGUCAAACACAAAAGGUUUGUUGUCCAACAUCAGUCGUUGCACAUUUUCUCUGACGCAUCCGAGGUUGGUUAUGGAGCCGUAGCUUACCUGAGAUGUGAGUCGCUACGACAAGUUGACUGUAGCCUUCUAAUGGGAAAAGCAAGAGUAGCACCCCUCAAGUCAGUUACUAUCCCACGCCUUGAACUUCAGGCCGCUGUAUUAGCGGUUAGACUAAUGCGCCACCUGGUGAAGCAGCUCGAAGUCCGAUUCGACAACAUAUACUUUUGGACAGACUCAAUGAUUGUCACAAGUUUGAGGUUUAAGACCUCUGUGGCCAACCGAAGUAGCUUCAUACAUGAAAAUACCAACACUUCCCAAUCGAGACAUGUCCCGACCAACAUGAAUCCUGCCGACUGUGCAUCACGUGGUAUCCGUACAAAACAUUCUCAGCUAUUGAGGCUUUGGAUUCAAGGACCUGAGUUCCUGAAGCUCGGUGAGCAGCACUGGCCCAAGACUGACAUCGAACAACUUCACCAUGAGCCCACAAACCUAGAGUUGAAGAAAGCCGUCACAGUUUUAUUUAACGCGGCAACUGAGCUUCCGACAGACGUGUUGCUCUCAUACUAUUUCUCAUGGUUGAGGCUACGACGAGCGGUAGCUUGGUUUGUCAGGUUCAGAUCUUACCUCAGCAGUAAGAGAGUUGGUAAGGAUAUGGAACUUAGAAAUACCCUAAGGCUCGACGAGCUGAACGAAGCAGAACGGUCGAUAUUGCGGUAUAUUCAGCUGAAAACUUUUCCCUCGGAGCUCAGCACAUCUUAUAAGCUUGACUCGAAGCCAUGUAAAGGGCUAUAUAGGAAAUCACCGAUUUACAAGUUACGUCCGAUCCUUCUCAAUGACCUGCUAUGUGUGGGUGGUCGACUGGGCAAUAGCACUGCGAAAAUUUG